AUGCGUUCGCAUCUGCAGCGAGCAGAAGUGAUCAACUACGAUGCGUGCCCGGACAGGAGUCGUUCGGGUUUUCACCGCUCGUCUGCACUGCACAAGCAUGCGAGCGCCAUCCUCGGCUUCCUCGCCGCCGCCCUUGCGGCAGCGUCACUAGCAGCGAGUGCCCCAGCAGGGAACGAGCGAAGCCAUGACAUCACAUCCGCAGCCGGCCCGGCCCCGCCGACAAGCCACGUCCUCCAUGAGGUGGCGCCGCCGGCUCGGGGCACCUGGAGGCGGCACUCGCGGCUGGACGGGCGCGCGACGCUCUCGAUGCGGGUCGGGCUGACGCAGCGCAACCUCGAGCGGGCGGCCGAGUUCAUGGCGGCCGUGUCGCACCCGUCGUCGCCCGAGUACGGGCGGCACUGGAACGCGGAGCUGGUGGUCGAGACGUUCGCGCCGGAGCGGCACCGGGUCGAGGCGGUGCUGCGGUGGCUCGAGGAGGAUGGCGGGAUCGCCAGGGGCAGGGUCCGACUCAGCAGCGGCCGCAACUGGCUCGCGUUCGAGGCGACGGCGGGAGAGGCCGAAGCUUUGCUGCGGACCGAAUACCACGUUUACAGCCACGCGGGCCACGGGGCGAGACACGUCGCCUGCGAGGGAUAUCACCUGCCAGAGCACAUGGUUGAACACGUCGACAUCGUAACGCCGACGGUGCAUUUUGACGGGAGGGUGAGGGAGGGGAGGAUGGGGAAGCGGGUGGCGCUGUCUGGAGAGGGGCACGCAAAGCUACUUCUAUCCCGGCAAGACACGGAGGCAGGGACAGCAGCAACGGCAACGGCAUGGCCGGUUCUGGCUGACACGCAAGGGAAGAAGGAGGGCCGUCCUGGGCUUUUGGGGAAACCAAACUCGGGAUUUCAUCCCAAGCGGGAUGACAUGGUUGACGGCUCAAACCUGGUGCUGGAGCUGAGCAGCUGCGAUGCCAUGAUCACACCGCAGUGCCUACGCGCCCUCUGCUCGCUCCCACCCGGCGAGACGGCAGUCGGCGGCAACACGCUGGGCGUAAUCGAGUACUCGCCGCAGGCGUUCCUGCAGGAGGACAUGGACAUGUGCGAGUGCUGCGGCUUCGACGGCGGCGGCUCCAAGGACCCCAACGUCGACGGGCAGUACCCCCCUCGAGUGGGAUGCGGCACGCCGGCCAUCACCAACGUGCUGUCAACCAGCUACGGCUACAACGAGGCGGACCUGGGCGACAAGUACGAGCAGCGGCAGUGCCUCGAGUACAUGAAGCUCGGGCUUCGGGGCGUGUCGGUUGUUUUCUCGUCCGGAGAUUCGGGGGUGGCGGGCAACGGCAACAUGUGCGUGGAUCCGAUAACGGGUGCAUAUGUCGAGGGCACCGCCAACAGCACCUCGGGCAUCUUCAACCCGUCUUUCCCCAGCACCUGCCCCUGGGUGACAUCGGUCGGGGCGGCGCAGGUGCUGAACGGGUCGACGGUACACACGCCCGAGAGCGCGUGCGAAACGUCGGCACCUGCCUUCGCAUCGAUGCUGACACUCAUCAACGAAAAGCGCAUGGCGGCGGGCAAGUCGGCGGUCGGGUUCGUCAACGCGGUGCUGUACGAGCACCCAGAAGCACUCAACGAUAUCACCAGCGGCAAGAACCCAGGCCGCGGCACUGAGGGCUUCGAGGCCGUCCAAGGAUGGGACCCUGUGACAGGGCUGGGGACGCCCAACUACCACAAAAUGCUGGAAUUGUUUAUGGGAUUGCCGUAG